UACUAUAAAAGACAUAAACUCAAUCGUUUGCAUGCCAGUUAUAAUUAAGAAUAAUUGAAGAUCGAACAUGAAAGGUUCGAUGUCAAUGCUAACGAUAUUUUUACUUUUGGGUGCAGUUUUUCAAUCUGGAUUAGCUGCCCAAUGCACCUCCCAAUACAGAGCUGACGCUACGGACUGUACUAAAUUCUACGAAUGCUCGAACGGAAUAUGGUCGCAAUUUAAUUGUUCAUCUGGACUAUACUUCAGUACAACACUUGAUACAUGCGUGUGGCCGCAGCAGUCGGGAUGCGUUGCUGGUAACAAUAAUGGAGGCACCGAGCCGGAUCCCAGCAACAACAACAACAAUAACAAUGGAGCCAACACCAACAACAAUAAUGGGCCAUGCCUAUCACAGUAUAGUCCCCAUCCUACCGAUUGCGCUAAAUUCCUUGAAUGCUCCAAUGGAAUUUCUAAGGCCAUUGACUGUCCAGAAGGACUAUACUUCAGUCCGACCCUUGACGUUUGCGUUUGGCCAGCGCAAUCAGGGUGUGUUUCCACAAAUAAUAACAAUAACGAAGCAUGUGCAGCCGAGUUCAUACCUCACCCGACGGACUGCACAAAAUAUUACCAAUGCUCUGACGGUGAACUAACACAAUUCAGCUGUUCUGGUGGUUUAUUCUUUAGUGCAAGUCUUGAUGUUUGCGUUUGGCCAGACCAAUCGGGAUGCAUUGCGAUAAAUAACAACAACGGAAACAGCACUGGCAACAACUCAAAUGGUAGCGGCAAUAACAACGGCAAUGGCAACAAUAAUAAUAACGGAAAUAAUAACAACAAUGGAAACGAAAACAACAAUGGCAACAAUAAUAAUAACGGUAAUGAAAAUAACAACGGAAAUGAAAAUAACAACGGUAAUGAAAAUAACAAUGGUAACGAGAAUAACAAUGGUAACGAAAAUAACAACGGAAACGAAAAUAACAACGGUAACGAAAAUAACAAUGGUAACGAAAAUAACAACGGAAACGAAAAUAACAACGGUAACGAAAAUAACAAUGGUAAUGAGAAUAACAACGGAAAUGAAAAUAACAACGGUAACGAAAAUAACAAUGGCAACGAAAAUAACAACGGAAACGAAAAUAACAAUGGCAAUGGCAAUAAUAAUGGAAACGGAAACAACAACGGCAAUGGUAAUAAUAAUGGAAAUGGCAACAAUAAUGGAAACGGCAAUAAUAACGGCAAUAAUAACAAUAAUGGAAAUAACAAUAACAACGGCAACAACAAUAAUAACGGAAACGAAAAUAAUAAUGGAAAUGAAAAUAAUAACGGUAACGAAAACAACAACGGAAACGAAAAUAACAACGGCAAUGAAAACAAUAAUGGAAAUAACAAUAACAAUGGCAACGAAAAUAAUAACGGAAAUGAAAAUAACAAUGGCAACGAGAAUAAUAACGGAAACGAAAAUAACAAUGGCAAUGGAAACAAUAAUGGAAAUGGUAAUAAUAAUGGAAACGGCAACAACAAUGGAAAUGGUAACAAUAACGGCAACGGUAAUAAUAACGGCAACAACAAUAACAACGGCAACAACAAUAACAACGGCAACAACAACAAUAAUGGAAACAAUAAUAACAAUGGUAACAACAAUAACAACGGAAACAACAACAAUAACGGACAAGAUGAUACAACUUCGAGUGAAGCACCAUCUCCUAGUCCAACUACUACAACCACAACCGCUGCACCAACAACGUUGUCGACAACUGCGGCUCCAACAACAACUACAACUACGACGCCUGCUCCAACCACGACAACAACUACAACAACGCCAGCUCCAACGACCACUUCCACAACAACGACAACGACAACAGCUGCUCCACCACCAAACGGAGGAAAUAACGGAAAUUGUAUACCAUACUGGCCAUGGGCUUACUGGCCGUGGAAUUUGUACCCAUGCUACUGGCAGCCGUAGAUAGCUCGGUAAAUUAUCCGACUAUUAAUUAAAAAUCAAAGAGUUUUACAAAUAAAGUGACCAGAAUAUUUUUGUUA